GAAUCCGUCCAUUGCCAACCGAUUAUUUGCUACGAAUGACGUCUACUUUGUUAUCAUUUUGUUUUCAAGUGUCAUUCGCUGUAUUGCACUAGCAGAAGUACAGGGUGAGAAUAUUUGACAGUGUACAUUACACGUCAUCCGCAACUGUCAACACGCUGGGGGUAGGCAACACUGGUCACGGGCCACUUGACUUCCGAGUUCAUUUCGUUCCAAACCCAUUACGGAUUAAGGUGUUGAAAGAAGAUAACCGGAAAACAAACCACAGCGUCGUCUGUUGAGUUUGAUCCCAGACGGUAACCGGAACUCGAAAAGGCAAAAUUGGAAAUAAGAAUUUAUCAAAUAAUCAUUCACAAUGGAUACUGACAGCAUUUCAAAUUUCGUAACAAAACAACAAAUUCCAAAUAUUUUUGAUCUUUCAGCAGUAUUUGGGGAUAAAAUAGUUAUUUAACAUAAAUACAAAUAUAUUUUUAUACAAAAUGGAAGUUAUACAGAAGUUGGAUCAGGCUACAGUCACUGAUACGCCAAAAGUUAAGCGCCGAUCUAAAGAAAAAAUAACGAAAAUUGUUGAAGGAGCAACCGCAGGCAACGAUGAUGCUGAAGUGGGCACUAAAAAGGUUCCAAGAAUUCAACUUAAAAAAAAAUUGACCGACUUAUCAGCAGAAAAUCAAAACCUAAGCCAGGCUAUUAGCGCGAAAAACGCAGAAAUAUCAGAUCUAAAACGUUCAGUCCAAUCUCUAAAUGAAGUGCUUAACUCAGUGCCUAUUGAUGAACUGCGAUGCAAUUCGUCAAUAGCAAGCUCGAAAUUAUUGGAGCUAAGCAAGAAAAACCGCCAAUUACGUGCCGAGUUAGAAACUACCAAGAACCGUGUUAAUAAAAAGGAAAUGCAAAUACAAAAACUGGAACGUGAGCUAAAACACGUCGAGGAUAGAGCACACAAUGCAGCGGCUGAGACACACAAGGAUGCCUCAGAUGAGCUGCGCGCCAAGCUAACCGCACUACAGCAAAAGUUAUUUGAGACCCGCAAUAAAAAUUCUGAGCUACAAGGUCAACUUAAACUCGCCCAAAAAUGUCUGCAGCAGGAAAUCGGUGAACAUUUCAAUUUAGCUACAAUGGCAGCCCAAGCACAGAACUCUAAUUGGCGUGGUCGCGCACAACAAAUCCUGCAUCUACAACAGAAACUGCAUGAAUUAAAGGAGCGGCUGGAUAUUGUGGACAGGCAUUCCAUGGAUGGACGUCCUAUUCCUUAUGGCUCUGAUGGCAUCACUCAAUCUGAAUCGACACCCACGAGCGCCGCAAAGAGUGUUGGUGGUCGUCCGGGCAGAUAUGAAGAUGCGAAAAUUGCAACGAAUGCAAGUGCCACCUCCUUUGAUCGCUACAAUACAGUCGUGCGGAAGACAGAAAUACUGCAUCGCGCUAAGGUUGAAGGCCUGGAGAAAGAAAUUGUCGCACUUAGAGGGCAAUUGGAGGAACAACGUGGCAAAGUGUUGGCGCUUAAGGUGCGCAACAAAACACUCAAUGACGAUGUGUUGAAAUUUAAGAUAAAAGCCAAUUCGUUGGAGGAGCAAACUGAUUAUAAUGGCUUAAAUUUAGCGAAUAUGAAUGAGAAGAUGAAUGUGCAACGCUAUCACUAUGAAAAUCGCUUGGAAGAGAUGACGCGCCAGUUGAACGAUUUGAAGCGCAUACAUAAGGACGGUGAAUUUCGUGAAGAGGAGCUGCGGGUGAAGUUGGAGAAUAUGGAAAAUUUAGUACAAGGCAAAGAUACGCAUAUUGAAGAGCUUAAUCAGAAUAUAGCGCGUUUGGAAACCGAUCUCAAAGCUUUAGCGGGCGGUUUUCUUUUCUCAUGUCGCGAGCUGCGCAAAGAAGAAUUCAUCACUAUACUCGACGCAUUAGAAGCUGAAAAAAAUCAUUUACUUGAACACAAUAAAACGCUCAUUGCACGCAGCGAACAGGAUCGUAUAAAGAAUGAAGCGCUUCACGAGCAGGUGGCUAAACAAAAGGGGCGCAUAUCACGCUUAGAAUCGCGCAUACGUGAGCUUGAGAAGGAAUUGGAAAUGCAGUCAGAGCGGAAGAAACGUACGCAACGCAUUGCGGACUAUGUAAACAGCGUGAGUUCUUCAGUGUCAUCAAUGGGCACCUUCGUCUUUGAGAGUUCUUCGCUGAAUAAUCUAUCGCAUGCAGCGGUUGAGGAGAUGACACAAGCGCAAAUUUAUCAAAUGAAGCAUGAGCUCGAAUAUGCCAAGGAGAAGCUAAUCUAUUUGACUGAAAAGGUGUUGCAUUUGCAGGAAGAGAAAGAAAAUGAUGCGCGCGCCUUUGCUGAUAUAAUAAACAGUUCAAAAAGUGUUGUGUUGGAUACAAUAUUGAAUAAUCGAAGCAGUGCUUCGCUCUCAGUGGAAAUUAACACUGGCGAAUCGUUAUGAAAUGGGCAUUUACAAGAACAUUCGAAAAUAGGUACGAGAGGAUGUCGCAUGGACAUGGAAUUGUAUAUGUAUACGAUUAUUUUAAAUUUAUACAGAUAUCUGUCAGUUACAUAUAAGCUACCUACAUAAACUGCGAUUAGAAGUUUUGGUUACAGAUAUUUGAAAUUAGCUUAGAAUCGAUUCGCUUAUCAGUACGAGAGCACAUGAUUUGUAGUUUUUAGGUGUGAAUUUGCUACGUAGGUGAGGCUUAAAAUCUAAUUUAGAAAUUAAAAGACUUAGAGAUUGCUCGUAGUAACUUUACGCCUAAAAUGCUACAAAUAGUGAACUCCCCUGAUAUUACUAAUUAUUAUACAAAUUCUUAGUUUUGUGGGCAAUAUUUGCGCAGUCUUUAAAUCUCUUAAUAUCUGAAACAUUUUUGAAUUUUCCGAAAAUUGUAAUAUUCAGGAAUUAUCGAUUUAUAU